AUGAAUCCCAGAAAUAUCUUCAAUUUAGCAAAGAAAGUUUAAAAUUUCAAUUCUAUUACAUAGAAGGCUUUUAAGAGAUUCGGAGGUGCUGCAGCUCAUCACGAUGACCACCAUGAUGAUCAUCAUGGACAUGGUGGACAUGGUUAUGAAGUCCAUUUAGUUAAAGAUAAGAAUCUUAUUGGUAACAAGAGCUUUAAAGACGAUUUGGUUGCUGUCUAUGGCUUUACUGAUGUAAAUGAUCACCACCAUCAUGACGAAACCGAUCCUUAUCACCAUCUUAGAGGAGUUCCUACUCUUUCCUUCGAAAGAAUGUACUUUGCUGAUGCUUAUUACCAUGACGAUACUCAUGAAGGAUUAAUGAACGAACCCCACGGUUAUUUAACUAUGGAUGACCCUAUGGAUCUUAGACCUAAUUAUGAAAAAUCUGCUUUAGAAUUAUUAUUCCUUGUUAGUGGUGGUGCUAUCUUAGCUCUCAUGUUAGGUUAUUAAGGUCUUAACUUAGCUAAUCCUGCAGAAAGUCUUUUCAGCUUGAAUACUGCUGCUGAAGAAAUUGAAGAUAAAAUUAGACAAAUUAGAAUAGAUAAUGAUAAAUUACUUUAGAGAAAGGCUUAAUUAGAAGAAGAAUUAGCUUCCCUCAAUAACUGA